CAGCUGACGGGCUCAGACGCAGCUCGACAGCACCAUGAAGGCAGGCGGCCCCCUCCUCGCCGUACUGGCAUGGCUUGCCCUUGGGGCCCAGCUGUCUUCUGCGAGCCAAGCCAAGACGGGCUACUGCUACAACGUGGCCCCCUUUGGGGACGUCUUUGAUGAGAAGGACUGCAGCGCCUGCCUCAAGAACAACUCUUGCUCCACUUGUGCCAACGACGCGCAGUGCCCGGGCAACCAGAAGUGCUGCCCGGGAGACUGUGGCUACAUCUGCCAGGAAGCCGUCUUGAACCUCUGCCACCUGCCCUCUGUCUGCGGGAACUGCAAAGCGAUGUUUUCGCGCUACUUCUACAACAACUCCACCCAGAAAUGUGAGCAGUUUGUCUAUGGAGGCUGUGGCGGAAACAAGAACAAUUUCGAGACGGAAGACGAGUGCUCCAGCAUCUGUGCGCCCUCCGGCACAGCCUAGAAUAAGAAGAUUGUUGGAGAAGCUUUGCCCUCAGUUCCCACACAGCACUCCCGAGGCGCAAGAUCGAGGGCAUUGCUCAGCUCUGCAACAUCCUCUUUCCUGGUCCGGUGAAGCAAGUGGCAACAGCACGGCCCUCUGGGUCUCUGGUCCGAACGAUCAGGCAGGAGGACCUGGGGGUGACGGGGCAGCUCUCCCCUCGGGUCCUGGGGCUGUCUCGGCUGUCCUCACAUAGAAUGUGUCUUAGACAUUUAUCGUGUGAUAGGAAUGCAUGCGUGGUGGAAGCCCCUCCCUCCCUGUGCAGCCUUGGCCUGAAGGACAGUCUUCCGGCAGCCUUCUGCUCGGCUUCCUGUCCCCAGACUUGUGGCUUGUGGCUUGGGCAGGUGGAGACCAGAGAAAGAGCUGGUGCUCCUGGCCACUUCCCCUCCCUUCCGUGAGAGGCCGCAGCACAUUCUUCCUUGGUCCCAGCAAGGCCUUUGGCAGUUCAGUCCACGGGCAGCCACUUGGUGACUCAUUGAGAUGACCGCUCUCUUGGUCUAUCCUGGAGGCAGUGACUGUCCCUCUCAACCUGUCUGCUUCAGGGCCAGGCAGGCUGCCGUCUCCAACUUGUGCGGGGUCAGGUGUGCAUGCAAAACCCUUGGUUCCCUGAGGGCGUCGAAGAAUGUGAUGUGCCUCAUGUUUGCCCUUCUGUGUGUGUGGUUAAGAGCUUUGGCACCAAGGAUGCACUGCGCAGGCUCAAGCAAAACUCGGAGCAGACUCUCUCUCCAUUUGGGAACCGAGGGUUAACUUGGCUCCCUGCAAAACAGAGGAAGCCCAUUGGAAAUUCAACUCCAGCGGAGGGAUCACCCCCUCAAGAACUAACAGAUGUCACCCUGGGCUAAGAGACAGAGUGGGCAAACCUUGACUGCUUCCAGGCCAGGCUCUGGAAGAAUCUGCAAUCUUCUGAGCGUUGGAGUUUCCCGUUCAGGUGGUUUCGACAAGCUGCAUCCGGAUCCCCGGUCUUUGGGUCAGAUGUGAAUUGUGGGUUCCCUGAGUUCCCCUGCAUGAAGUGCCCAAUUUAGAGGCUCAGGGAGAAGCAACUCCAGCCUUGCCCAUGCCAUCUUCCCGGCUAAAAUGGCCCCGGAGAUGCUCUCUGCUCUCCUCUCCACUGUCUCCUCCCUGUUAUAUUUGCACAAAGCCUGACAAAUAGAUAUUUUAAAAAGAGAACAUUCAGAAUGGGCACAGAUGGGGGAGGGGGAGCUCAACCUCUCGCUUGCUGUGAUGUUGCGGGCGUGAUCCAGAAUGCGCCUGUGGCGUGCCUUCAACCUGAUUUUCUACACAGCAUGUGAGAAAGCAAGUCGUGCGCGAACUGGGGACAAACGGCAUGCUCUCAAAGAUAAAGUGCUGCAGCUGUUUGGAGGCUGGCCGGGAAAAGGGGGUCUCCUGGCGUCGCUUGGUUGGAAACCGUCCGUUCCUUGCCUGAGCUGAGCCUCCCUUUUCUCUCAUUCGUGAUGGGUUAGCAUACGCACACCAAGCGAAGCCGCUGGACAGGGCCAAAGGCGGAGGGCGCCUCUCCCUGCUCAGAGGUGCCUGGAAUACAGGCAGCAUUGCAGCCCCAUCUCUGGGGAAGAGCCGGAAGAGGCCGCAGAUUCUGCCGCUUCGUAAUUUGGAGGGGCUGCCUCCAUCCCACCCUUCUGCGAACCAAUAUAUUUUUGUAUUCAGUCA